CCUUAAAUAAUGGUUUUGAGGUAUAUGUCUGAUAUAGAGUUUGUAGCAGUGAGUUGAAUGAACUUGGUUGAAUAUUCCAGGAGGUAAAGAUCCUGCCUGAAUUGUUCCAUGAAUGCACCCGUAAGCUCCAUACUCUGUGAUGUGUUUGUCAAGGUCUGGCUUUGUAGGAGUGUGGGAUCGCUGGAGUAGAGGAGGACGCUUGGAAGAACAGAAAGAAAACCAUGUGAUCUGUAAGGGUUGUGCUCCUGCUUAUAUUGGUUUGGACAUUCACGGCUGUCUGCGAAGAUGAUAACUUUGGAGGAAAGUCAGUGUGGACUACAAACCCUGGGAAGACACUCGCAUACACAAAGUAAAACCAUGACGGCCGUAGGUGUCGUGCAGAUAUUUGUUGUGGCUUUGAUCAUCAUCAUGUCUGUCUGUGGAGUCAGUACUGAUGAUUCCCUGAAGGUAACUUGCCAAAAUGUGACGGGAACUGUGAGGGAAAGUGUAACUCUUUCCUGCAACGUCUCUUUGCUGCCCAAGGAUUGCUGCAUUACAAUGUAUAUGUUUAAAAAAGAUGAUAAGAAGAUCUGUAUAAAGGAGUUUCCUGUCAAUUCAUGUGAGCGUGAAAACAGCUACACAUGUGUUUACAAUCCGAAAGAAACCAUGACAACACAAUUCAAAUUCUUUAUACAAGCAACAUGUGGUAUGAAAAGAACACUCUUCACUGUGAAUAUAACAGAACCUGAAACUGUUCCAAAACCUAAAAUUGAUGCUAAUAAACAAGACCCCACCACUAAAGAGGAACCAGAAGUUCGAAGAAAGGUCAAUGUCGUCCCUGCACUUGUAUGCAGUAUAUUCAUCAUCACGAUCUUCAUAACAGCAGUCAUUUACAAAAAGACGAAAUGCGACUGUCCCAACUCGUCUGGAUUCCAGAGUGCUUCCCAACCCAUAGACAAGACGAGUGGUGGUGGUGAAGUCGUCUAAAGCACAUAACUGGUAAUCUGGUAAUCAGAAUGUCGCUGGUUCGAUCCCCACAGCCACCACCAUUGUGUCCUUGAGUAAGGCACUUAACUCCAGGUUGUUCCGGGGGGGAUUGUCCCUGUAAUAAAUGCACUGUAAGUCACUUUGCCAAAUGCAUAAAAAAAAUAAAAAAUUUAAAAUAUGAUGACAGCUGGCAUUGCAUUGAUGUCAAUAAUGUGAAAGCAGAAAGAGUUUUGUUUCACUCCUAAAGUGAAUUUUGUGAAAAUGGUGCAUUUUGUUGAGUCUUCAGAUUAAAUGCAUGUGAAGAAAGAGGGCAUUAUAACAAGCUUUUCUCUAUUGUUCAAGAAAUUAAUGAAUUAUAAUACUUUUAUAUUGAUUUCUGUGAAAUAAUACUGUGUUUUGAUAAUGGCUUAUAUUAAGCCUGUAUAUAAAAUAUGAUUUAGAUACUAAGAACCCAAAUGUCCAUUUGUUUGGGUCUGUCCUGCUUAUUUUAAAGACUUCUUUAUCAAUGAUGUGGGAUAGUGGGAACAGCUUUAACUUCUUAAAGAUAUGUUGGUUUCAUUUAAUUAAUUCAAUCAAAUGUGAAUUUACUCUUUGAUUACUGAUUUAUACAAUGCAUUGAAACGAAUAAAGACUUUUGAUA